AUGGGUUCAGGUGAAGCGUUUCCCGUGAUGCAGGAAGUCUUGCUUGAGUUUCGUGCUGGUAAGAUGUCUUUGCAGGGAACAAGAGUUGUCCCUGAUGCACGAAAAGGACUUGUCCGCAUCGCAAGAGGUGAAGAGGGACUGAUUCAUUUCCAGUGGCUUGAUCGAAGCCAGAAUAAGGUUGAAGAUGAUCAAAUUGUUUUCCCUGAUGAAGGUUUAUUUGAGAAGGUUAAUCAAUCAUCAGACAGGGUGUAUAUUCUGAAGUUCAACAGUGAUGACCGCAAGUUAUUCUUUUGGAUGCAGGAGCCGAGAGCUGAAGCUGAUGCAGAUCUGUGCUCUUCAGUCAACCAAUACCUCAAUCAACCACUAGAGUUUCUUGGUGAAGAAGGAAAUCCAGGUGCUGCCCUGGAGGGAUUGGAAGACAUGGCAGAAGAUGAUGUUUCGUCUAGAGCUGGAAACUUGGUUGUACCAAAUUUGUCUACAGAGGUGAGUGACGUGACAUCUUCUUCUGGACCAGUUAAGCUGGCAGACCUGCAAAGAAUUCUGAACAACCUCUCUGCUGGUCCUGUUGGUAUCACUGGAGAUGAAGAUGAGGGCAUAGCAUUAGGGGAUAUCUUGAAGCCGGAGUUGAUUAUGCCAUUGCUUGAGAUGUUACCAGUACAAGAACAACUGUCUGCGCAUUUACCUGAGGGUCACUCUAGUGCAGAAGAUAUACUGGAGCUGUUGCAGAGCCCUCCUUUUCGUCAACAAGUAGAUGCAUUUACCUAUAUUCUUCGCACAGGACAAAUAGAUUUGUCUCAGUUUGGUAUCGACCCAAGUAAAUACAAGUUCACAGUUAUCUCAUUCCUUGAGGCACUCGAGGACUCGGUUUCAACGCAAUCAAAUCAUGCUAUGGAUGAGAGUUAA